GUUGACUAGCUCAAGUAUCGCCUAUCACUGUCAUUUGCUCUUUUUUCUUGAUUCUAAAUGCAAACUUGCAAGCUUCGAUGCCUGUAUAAAUCGUCUAUGUGCACAUACCUGCAGACAAAGGAUGUCAGAGGGGGAGCGGGGAAAAGAGAUUUAUUAUGUAUGGAGAGUCUGAGGGUAGGUGAGGGAGAAUCUCUGCAAUCUUCAAGACUGCAUUUCUGGAAAUGGGUUGUAGAACUGUAGAAGAGUAGUGAACUUUGGUGGUCUGGGUACAAAUUUUCAGGAAAAAAAAUGUAUAAAAAAUGUGGUUUUUAGAGAGUGGGAGUGGAAAAAAAAAAAUGCUGCCUUUGAAGAUUUCAUGUGAUUUACAGUAGAUUAUACAAAUUGGGGAGACAGUAGCCUUAGCAAAGAACUGAUUUUUAUUAUUUUUCUUGAGAAUCUUGAAAAUGGUGUCCUCGGGGAUAAAUGUAGUGAUGACAGUGAUAGGGUUUGUAUUGAGUGCCAUGUUCAUAGUUUUUGUAUGCACAAGGCUAAUCUGUGCAAGAAUUCUAUUGCACUCUACUAGGCGGCGAUCUGUAGCCAUAGCUUCUAGAUCUGAUCUCAGCAUUUUAGAGCGUGGUUUGCAUGGUCUUAAGCCUCUCGACAUAAGCAGCUUCCCUACAAAGAAGUUCGGUGAUGCAUUCUUUACCUCCAAAGAAGAUGCUCAAUGCACGGUUUGCCUGGCGGAUUACGACAGCGAGGAUACAUUACGCAUCUUGCCACUGUGUGCACACUAUUUCCACGUGUCGUGUAUCGACAUCUGGCUGCAGCAGCACUCCACAUGCCCGGUCUGUCGAAUUUCCCUGCUGCUCCAAGGCACCGACAAAAAGCGGGUUAGUAUGCAACCCAUGUUCAGCUCAGCCGUGCGGUCUCAAUGUGGCGUGUUGUCCAUGUUCAGUUCAUCGAGGUCGCACGGGAGCCAGAGAACGAGCCCCGCGGCGACAGAAGAGUGGCGGCAUCUGUGCGAGAGCGGGAGGGUUGGAGGUGGAGAAGACGAAUCCUCCGUCGUCUUGGCUCGAGGCAUCCAACAGGUAACAAAAGGUGAAGAAAAUAAAGAGGUGGAGAGCCCAUCCAGUGUUUAAGUUAUAUCAAGAUUUGUGUUGGGGCUUUAUGUACAUAUUAGAAGUGGACUGUGGUGAGUUUUGUUUGAGUUUUUUUGGUUGCCCAAAGGUAUCCCUUCAGCCGAUAGCCAGAAGACUAAUCCCCUGAAACGGUCAGCACACUAAGUGGUAGGGGACUAGCCAAAUGGUUUGAUCCAUUCACAUGAGUGGUUUAAGAUGAUAUUUCAAGCAGGCUGAGAGUCAUAGAUAAUAAUGUCCAUUUUGCCCCUCCCACCCACCCACCC